AGAAUAUUGGAAUUGACCUAAACUGAAACUUCUCACUGCAGGUGACUAGCAUGCAGAUACCCUUGCUCUGACUUUCUGCCCCUCCACUGACAUGGCCCACCGGGGUGGGGAGAGGGACUUCCAGACUUCAGCUCGACGCAUGGGCACCUCGCUGCUCUUCCAGCUUUCAGUGCACGAACGGGAGCUGGACCUGGUUUUUCUGGAUCAUAGCUAUGCCAAGCCUUGGAGUGCCCACCCAGAUGCCAGUAGUGCCCGCCCCACCCGCAUGCUCUUUGUCACUCCCCGGCGGCAGCACGAAAGUACCAUAUGAUUGUUAAAUACCUGUGAAGUAUGUGUGGCCCGGUCCUAUUUCCUCACCUGUUUACAGUGAAUCAGAUGUCCCAAUAGAUGUGGAGACGGUCAUGUCAACGCCUAUGCCACUCUAUGACAAUCAGAAGGCACGCAGCGUGAUGAAUGAGUGUGAACGGCAUGUCAUCUUUGCCAGGACUGAUGCAGAUGCCCCUCCUCCACCAGAGGACUGGGAGGAACAUGUCAACAGGACUGGCUGGACAAUGGCCCAGAACAAGCUAUUCAACAAGAUCCUCAAAGCCCUGCAGUCUGACCGGCUUGCCCGCUUGGCCAACGAAGGGGCUUGUAAUGAGCCAGUGCUGCGCCGUGUUGCUGUGGACAAGUGUGCAAGGAGAGUGCGGCAAGCUCUGGCAAGUGUGAGCUGGGACACCAAGCUGAUCCAGUGGCUGCACACCACCCUCGUGGAGACCUUGAGUCUGCCCAUGCUGGCAGCCUACCUGGAUGCUUUGCAGACGCUGAAGGGGAAGAUCCCAACCUUGAUUGACCGGAUGCUUGUGUCAUCCAACACGAAGACUGGGGCUGCAGGAGCUGAGGCCUUGUCUCUCCUACUGAAGAGGCCUUGGGACCCUGCUGUGGGCGUGCUUUCUCAUAACAAACCAAGCAAACUCCCUGGCUCUCCACUGAUUCUCAUCGCCUCCUCUGGUCCCUCCAGCUCUGUGUUUCCCACUUCACGCCGCCACCGCUUCUGGCAGUCUCAGCUCUCCUGCUUAGGCAAGGUCAUCCCUGUAGCCACCCAUCUGCUGAACAAUGGCAGUGGGGUAGGAGUUCUACAGUGUCUUGAGCAUAUGAUUGGGGCAGUGAGAAGCAAAGUGCUGGAGAUUCACAGCCAUUUCCCACACAAACCCAUUAUCUUGAUUGGCUGGAACACAGGAGCUUUGGUGGCCUGUCAUGUGUCAGUGAUGGAGUAUGUCACCGCAGUUGUCUGCCUUGGGUUUCCUCUGCUUACCGUGGAUGGCCCCAGAGGGGAUGUAGAUGAUCCCCUCUUGGAUAUGAAGACUCCGGUCCUCUUUGUCAUUGGUCAAAAUUCCCUUCAAUGUCACCCUGAAGCCAUGGAGGACUUCCGGGAGAAGAUUCGAGCUGAGAACAGCUUGGUGGUGGUUGGGGGAGCUGAUGACAAUCUCAGAAUAAGCAAAGCAAAGAAGAAAUCAGAAGGGUUGACUCAGAGCAUGGUGGACAGAUGUAUUCAGGAUGAGAUUGUGGACUUUCUGACCGGAGUGCUCACUCGUGCUGAGGGUCACAUGGGCUCUGAACCUCGGGAUCAGGAUGCUGAGAAGAAGAAGAAGCCCCGCGAUGUGGCCCGCAGAGACUUGGCCUUUGAAGUCCCUGAGCGGGGCAGUCGACCUGCCUCCCCAGCUGCCAAGCUGCCCGCCUCACCCUCAGGCUCAGAGGAUCUCUCCAGUGUGUCCAGCAGCCCCACCUCCAGUCCCAAGACCAAAGUGACUGCGGUGACCUCUGCCCAGAAGUCCAGUCAGAUUGGAAGCUCUCAGCUGCUGAAGAGACAUGUGCAGCGGACAGAAGCUGUGCUGACCCACAAACAAGCUCAAGUUCCCAUUUCAUCAGAACCACCGGAGGAAGGAGAGAAAGAGGAUCUUAGGGUUCAGCUGAAGCGACACCAUCCCUCGAGUCCCCUUCCUGGCAGUAAGACCUCCAAGCGACCAAAGAUCAAGGUGUCCCUUAUCUCCCAAGGGGACACAGCUGGAGGGCCUUGUGCUCCUUCCCAAGGAAGUGCUCCAGAAGCUGCAGGUGGGAAGCCCAUCACCAUGACACUGGGGCAGGCUUCAGCAGGGGCCAAGGAGCUCACAGGACUUCUCACCACAGCCAAGUCCAGUUCUUCUGAAGGUGGAGUCUCAGCCAGCCCAGCCCCUUCAGUGGUCUCCAGCAGCACUGCACCCAGUGCCUUGCACACACUGCAGAGCCGCCUGGUGGCCACCUCUCCUGGCAGCUCCCUCCCAGGGGCCACAUCAGCCAGCAGCCUCCUCCAAGGCCUCAGCUUCAGCUUACAGGAUAUCAGCAGCAAGACCUCUGGCCUUCCAGCAAAUCCCUCCCCAGGACCAGCCCCACAGGCCACCAGUGUGAAGUUGCCCACCCCCAUGCAGAGCCUGGGUGCCAUCACCACGGGCACCAGCACCAUUGUCCGUACCAUUCCUGUGGCCACCACUCUCUCCUCCUUGGGUGCCACUCCUGGUGGGAAGCCCACAGCCAUCCACCAGCUGCUGACCAAUGGGGGCCUCGCUAAGUUGGCAAGCAGCCUCCCUGGCCUGGCUCAGAUCUCUCACCAAGCAUCAGGCUUGAAGGUCCCCACCACCAUUACUCUGACACUUCGUGGCCAGCCGAGCAGGAUCACCACACUGAGCCCUAUGGGCUCAGGAGCAGCCCCAUCCGAGGAGCCCUCUUCCCAGGUGCUGCCCUCCAGCUCACAGCGCCUGCCUCCAGCACCCUGAAGAUGCUGUGUGAUAUGUCCGCCUUACCAAGUUGGUGAUGGCUGCCUCAUGGUGGGCCCUGGGCACGUGUGUGGUCCUGCUGAGCCGUCCACGUGUCUGAAGACCUCUUUAAGACAGUCAUUUUUGCCUCUCCGCCAACUGUCUUCAGAGUUGGGCUGUUGAGUCUUCAGAGAAACCAUUAGGUUAGGUGAUAUGGUGCCAGCAAGGGAAGGGGAAGCACCAUCGUCCAGGAUCUGCAGAUCUGGUUCCUGGGAUCCCCAGACUCCUCAGCAGAUCUGGCUGUACCUGGAUCAGAGCCACUUCUUCCCCCGCUAAAGCUGUGGUUUGACCCAAGGGUCAGUAUAUAGGACUGCCUGCUGCAUUUAAUGAAGGUUUUUCCUUUUGGAAGUCUGUGCUACCCUCUGCGCCCAGCUGGGAGGAGACAUCCAUCUGGUCUGGGGUUUCGGGAGUUAGAAUGGAAAGCCUUUGCUAAAGACUGGAGUCAUCUGACCUGCCAACUGGUGGUUCAGAGCCGGAAGGGCUUGUUUAGGUCGUCACUGUUGCCUUCAUCAGCAGCCAUGGGAGAGUGCUCCCCAUGCAACCCCACCUUAGAAACCACGUCAUGCUGAGUAGCUUGCUGACACCUGAAACUUCUGGUUUUUGUUAGUGUCACAGUGAAGGCAAAGAGAACUGGGCCGUCAUCUUUCAGCCUCGUUGACUUACUCUAGAUGUUGGGAGCGGUGGAUGCCAGGUGAAACCUGGCCCCUUUGUCCUUUUCACCGUGCUUUGGGCAGUUUCUGUAUCCAGAGAGUACGGAGGUUCAGGUAAGCUGAAGAGGAGGAGUAGAACCGCAGAGGAAGUGGCUCGAAGGACAUGCCAGUAAGCCCGGUGGUUUGUGCUUAGGUCUCUGCUCCGCCACCCAAGGAACUAGUGAUUCAGCUGGAGAUAAAAAGAAGAAUUUGCCAAGUCAGAGAAGAAACCCUAACCCUGGAAAAUCCUCUGUCUCCAGUCUCUGGAGGGAAGCAGGGACAACAAGCUAAGGUAGUAUCUUGGCCAUCCCAGAAAACUUGUGGCAUUAGGAUGAUGAAGGCCAUGCUUCAGUGUUUUCGUUUCUAUUUCAUGAGACUUUUUGUCUUUCUGCUUACAAGUGGGAAGAUGAUUGACAGUGACUCUACUAUGCAGGGCUGUUGGUACCAACCUGAGCCCUAUAGGUGGCAAUCCCUGGAGAAGUGGUCACAGAAGAUGGAGCUCUGAUCCCCUGCUUACCUCUUCCAACACUUGUGUGCAAAGAUAGUUUUAGAUUUGGUUUAGGAGCCAUCCUCCAGAACAGGCUCCCAUACUUAGAAUGUUUCUAGUUAAGGUAAUAAAUUAGGCAACCCAAGUGUGACUCUACUCAAGUGUCCUUUUCUGUAGGCAGGAAGGGCCUACGAUGUGGCUUAAAUAAUAGUCCGUGGUCCUGACCCACAGUACAGUGUGUAUCUACACCGGGCCACCUGUGUUCAAUCUGGGAGCCUUCCUGGCCAGUCUGAGUGGCAGCCAGAAGGGAGCUCAUAGUGUCUAGGAGUCUCAGGCAAGGUGGGUCAGGGUACUGUGGGCAGGGGGGAUGUGUGUGAUAGGAGAGGGUACCCUAAACACCAUGCCUUCCCUCCCUGACCUGAAAAGCUGAUCUCAACAGGGAUUCACACAGAAUUAGGCUGUGUUUUUGCAUUAGCUGGUAGGUGACUUUCUCAAAAUUCUUAAAUUCAGGAAGUAUUUAGUAAACUUGAGGAAGGUAUGAAAUCUGGAGGAGGCAUCCAGGACCCAGGGGUUUGAUAGCUUUACAGGUAGGAUCAUACCACACCAAAAGAGCAGUGGGCAGUGAGACUAUAUAAGCUGUAUGAAGCUUUUAGGAAUCAUUUAGGACAGACAGAGCCCUGAACAACCCGUUCAUGACUUAAGUUGUUGGCUCAGUGUAUGCUGGGGACAAAGAAAAACUAACAAGCUGACCUGCCUUUAUGGUAAAUUCUAGUGUGCUUGCAAGGGAUGACUUCCUGAGGUGUGGUCUAUCCACCUUGAAGAACUUCACAACUGAAGAAGGGGAGCUGUGAGAACAUGGAUUGUUCUACACCUUGGACAGGGUAACAGAGGAAGUGGCUGAGGCCUAGAGUCAUGUUUUCCAGUUCCCUUCGCAAACUGUAUUUCUUGGAACGCAAAAGGAAGGUUUACCUAUUUCCUAGAACACCUGGAAUCCAUAACCUCAGAAAGUGAUACUAUUGGCAGAAAAUGUGGAAGGAUCAGGAAGGUCUUAGAUUCUUGGAUGACAGAUGUAUGUUGAUGCCCUGUGGAGAUGUCCUUGUACUUUGAGGUCACUGAGGCAGGAAGACCUGUCUGCUCUUGGUCUCACCACUAGAACAGUCUUGGGUUGGAUGAGUUAUAGAGCUGAGGGGCUGUGAUGGUUCUGUUCUUACAUUAAACAAUUAAAAACACCAAAAACAACA